GGGAAGCGACACACGCCUCGAGAGCUCGUGCACUUGCAUAAAGUAGUUCCCCCUUCGUCGCCAUUUUCAAACCAUCGACAGUCUCUCCCUCGCUCAAACGAGAAAACCGAGGCUUAACACUCUCCACCAUGCACAGUCUCCGGCCACACCUCCUCCUCCUCCUCCUCAACCUCCUCGCCGCCGCCGCCGCCGCCGCCAGCCCGGAAACCACCGCGCAUUUCCACACCCGCCGCCACCUCCAAGUCGCGCACUCCACCUGCCAAGGCACUCUCUACCCGGACCUCUGCGUCUCCACCCUCGCCUCCUUCCCCGACCUCGCCUCCAAGUCCGUCCCGGAGAUCAUCUCCUCCACCGUCAACCUCACCUCCGCCCAGGCCCGGUCCGCCUCCUCCAGCUGCUCCGCCCUCGAGCGGCGCCUCGCCGCCAAGCUCGGCCCCCUCGAGCGCCGCGCCCUCGACGACUGCCUCGAGCUCCUCGCCCGCACCGUCGACGAGUUCGGCAAGGCCAUCUCCGACCUCUCCAGCGCGAAUGGCCCGACCGCCCCGGCGGCGCACUUCCACGACCUCCAGACGCUCCUGAGCGGCGCCAUGACGAACCAGUACACGUGCCUCGACGGCUUCGCGUACAGCAAGCAGAAAGUGCGGGACGCGAUCCAGAGUAAACUCUUCAACAUCUCCCGCCACGUCAGCAACUCGCUGGUCAUGCUCAAGAAGCUGCCCGGCGUGAAGGGGAGGCCGUCCGGCUCGCCCGCGGCGGCGGGGGAGGUCUUUCCGGAGUACGGCAGGAUGAGGAACGGGUUCCCGGCGUGGCUGUCGCCCAAGGACAGGAGGUUGUUGCAGGCUCCGGUGAGCGCGACAAGCUACAAUGUGAGCGUGGCGCAGGACGGGACGGGAAAUUUCACCACCGUCAGCGCGGCGGUGGCCGCCGCCCCAAAUGCCAGCACCACCAGGUUUGUGAUAUACAUAAAAGCAGGGUCCUACUUCGAGAAUGUGGAGGUAAUUAGCAAGAAGACGAAUAUCAUGUUUCUGGGGGACGGCAUCGGGAAGACGUGGAUCAAGGGCAACCGGAAUGUCGUCGACGGCUGGACCACCUUCCGAUCCGCCACUGUUGCUGCGGUCGGGAGUGGAUUCAUAGCGAAGGGCAUAUCAUUCGAGAACUAUGCCGGUCCGAGCAAGCACCAGGCCGUGGCCUUCCGGAGCGGCUCCGACCUCUCUGCCUUCUACAGUUGCAGCUUCAUUGGCUACCAAGACACGCUCUAUGUCCACUCCCUCCGCCAAUUCUAUCGCGAGUGUGACAUUUACGGCACGGUCGACUUCAUCUUCGGGAAUGCAGCUGUGGUCUUCCAAAAUUGCAACUUGUACGCACGCAAGCCAAAUGAGAACCAGAAGAACAUAUUCACGGCGCAGGGGAGGGAGGACCCCAACCAGAACACGGGGAUCUCAAUCCUUAACUGCAAGGUUGCGGCCGCAGCGGACCUAAUCCCUGUGAAGUCCUCGUUCAAAACAUACCUAGGUCGCCCAUGGAAGGAGUACUCCAGGACGGUCUACAUGUUGUCGAACAUCGAAGACGUGGUGGACCCUGCCGGGUGGUUGGAAUGGAACGGGACGUUCGCAUUGAACACGUUGUACUAUGCAGAAUACCGGAACCAAGGGCCAGGUUCGAACACGAGUGCCAGAGUAACAUGGCCUGGUUAUAAAGUCCUUACCAAUGUCACGGAGGCUACUCAGUUCACGGUCUCCUCCUUUAUACAAGGAAAUGACUGGCUCAAUGGUACAAGCAUUCCUUAUUAUCUUGGUUUGAAUUGAGGGGCAUUGUAAUUUUUAGACGCGUCUAUGUGUCAAUUGAUUUUUAUUAUGUGCUCUCGAAAGGUAUGCAGAUAAGGAUAUUGUAGGGAUGAUCUGCCGCAGAAAAAUUUCUAUGUUAAUCCAAGGUCAAUUUGAAAUUCAAUAAAGGGUUAAAUUCAUUGA